AUCCACCUGGCCGUCGACUCAAGCACUUUGUCCUCUCACCUCUAGCUUUGCUCCUCUCAUUUUCUCGAGCUGCGCUCAACCUUCAUCACCUUUCCUGUUUUUGAAAACCCCCUUUUUCCAUCUGGCUCUUUUUAUACUAUUUAGAUCGAAUAUUCUUCUACAUACACGAUGCCGGGCAUCAAAUUUCUAAUCGGCCUGCUUGGUAUCUUCAUGGCAGUCUCUGAAUUCACUGUCGACGCUAGCCCCCUGAAUAUACCCAACCUUUCAACGAUGACAAAGUCCAAACGAGAUCUCUUGCUCGCCAGACGAAGAGUCGAAGGAUCGCGUCACUCACUUUUUUCUCGAUCACCCACCCACGGCAAAGGGAAUUUAUUGAAUAAACUACUUGACGUCGGCCUCCAAGGCCCGCCUCCCUUGGGCGGCAAAGAGGGCAAAAUAGGAAAGGAGGGAAAAGGCGGAGGUCUGUUAGGCGAGAUUUUAGGACUCGUUCCAGGCAAAGAAGGUGUCGGACCUCCGGAACUGUUGGGUGGGCCUCCACCUCCGCCGGACCUUUUGGGCGGACCUCCGCCUCCACCGGAACUCUUGGGUGGAGCUGCUCCGCCUCCUCCGGGUGGAAAAGAGGCCGGAAAGGCCGGGCUCCCGCCCCCUCCGCCGCCGGAAGCUUUGGCUCGAAAUACGACACAAAGGGCGGAGGCUGGUAGAGGUGGCCCGCCAGAAGUUUCGAGUGGUAGAGGAGCAGAAGCAGCCAAACUCUCUGGCGUCAAACUAGGAGAAGCCAAUCCUGGUCUAACAGCAAAAGGAAAAGAAGGAAAAGCAGGAAAAGCCGAUCUUAUUCCUGAAGUUUCGAGCGGUCAGCUCGAAGUCUCGAGUGGUAGAGGCGCGGAAGCAGCCAAACUCUCUGGUGUCAAAUUAGGAGAAGCUAAUCCUGGUCAAGCAUCCAAAGGAAAAGAAGGGAAGGCAGGAAAAGAGGAUCCUGUCCCUGAAGUUUCUAGCGGUCAGCUUGAAGUCUCGAGUGGUAGAGGCGCAGAAGCAGCCAAACUCUCUGGUGUCAAAUUAGGAGAGGUCAAUCCUGGUCCAACAACAAGAGGAAAGGAAGGAAAAGCAGGAAAAGAGGAUCCUGUCCCUGAAGUGUCUAGCGGUCAGCUUGAAGUCUCGAGUGGUAGAGGCGCAGAAGCAGCCAAACUCUCUGGUGCCAAAUUGGGAGAGGUCAAUCCUGGUCCAACACCAAGAGGAAAGGAAGGAAAAGCAGGAAAAGAGGAUCCUAUCCCUGAAGGUUCGCGAGCUCAGAGCUUGAUUGCAGGUGAGGAAGGAGCCAUUGGGCUGCCUGGAAAUCUAGGAAAGGCGGGAAAAGCCGGCAAAGGAGAGGGCGGGGGAACUAGAUUGGUUCGAGACGCGGCCAUUACUUUGGCUCAAGCGAGCAAGCUCAUUGAUAAUAGCAUGCAGUUGAUGCAGAGUUCCUCCAUCAACGCGACUGAUCUAAAGAGUGCAGCUGAACAGGGCGCAAAGAUUGCAAACGGCGAAGACUUCUUGAGAGAAGUGCUCGCUAGUGCGUCGAAGGAUCCAGCUGCUGCUCAAAAGUCUCUCGGAAUCAUAAGAGAUAACGCACAGCUUGUAACUCAAGGCUUUGAUGACAUCGCGAAGAAUUCAGAGGAUAAGGCUAAAGUUAAAGAAGGGUUGGAAAAAAUGGGAGCCGCACGCAAACAAGUCAUCCUAGCAAACACCGAACUGAUUCAGGAUGUCUCGCGUGAUUCUCGAGGGACUCGAGGAGGUGCAGAGCAAAGACAAUUAAACAAGGCUGUUAAAACAACUGAAAAGCCGGCUGAAAACAAGGCAAAUGAGGCGACUCAGAAGAAAUCAGCAGAAGAGGCCCAAAAGAAUCUAGCUCUUCAGUCAAAAGCUGUUGAUGAUCAACUUGCAAUCAUCGCAAAACAAGACUCCGGUGCUGCUGAGAUCGCAACGGCAGCUCAAAAGGCCCUGGAGCAAGAAUCAGCGCAGCAUUUUCAUAGAGAAGUGUUGGCAAGUGUUGCAAACAAUCCUGCAGCAGCCAUGCAAGCCCUGGGCAAUGUAAGAGAUCACGAGUUCAAUCAAGUUGUUGCUGGCCUUCGAUCGAUUGCUGCGAACAGUCAAAACUCUGAGGCUGUAAAAAAUGCCAUGUCUGUCGUGACCCAAGGCCGGAAAUUUAUCGUGGCAGCCAAUCAAAAAUUGAUAGAACUCUCUGGAGGAUCUGCUGCAGAAGCAAAUGUCAAAGAUAACAAGGCAGCCGAUGAAAAAUCGGCCAAAGUAGCCGAGAAAAAAGAGGACAAAGUGAGCAAAGAGAAGGACAACCAAGAGGCCAAACUGAAUCAAGAACAGGUGGCAACCCAAGAGAAGAAAGAAAAUAAGGAGGAGGUCAACAAGAAUGGGAACGAAGCAGAAAAGAAGAAGAAGGAGGAAGAGCAGGUAGAAAAGAAAAAGAAGGAUGAGGAGGAAGGAAAGAAAAAGAAGGAGGAAGAGCAGGAAGAAAAGAAAAAGAAGCAGGAAGAAGAAGGAAAGAAAAGGACGGAGGAGGAAGAGGCGAAAGUGAAGGAGGAAGAAGACGGCCAGAAGAAGGCCGAGAAUAAGGAUGCAGAGGGCAAGGCCGAUGAGAAGCAAGAGAAGGCGAAGAAAACAACCCAGGAACAACAGUCGAAAGAGCAGGAUGCGAAGAAGGAAGAGGGGGUCAGUAAAGAGGACGCUGUAAAGGAGGAAACCGUGGCUGCUAGAACCAAGAACAUCAACGAGGAAGCUGCAGUUGAGGCCGAGGCUAAAACGGUGCAAGUUUAG